GGUCGCUGGCGCUGAGAGGCAUCAGAGCCACUCACUGCUCAGUCCAACUGUCGCCGCCGCUUCCACAGGGCUCUGACUGGACGCCGCCGCCGCCGCCGCCACUGCCUCCGAUCCAAGCCACCUCCCGCCAGGUCAGCCCCGAGAUUCUAGCUCAGAGAGGUGUCAUGGGCUUCCAAAAGUUCUCCCCCUUCUUGGCUCUCGGCAUCUUGGUGCUGUUCCAGGCAGGCAGCCUCCAGGCAGCACCAUCCAGGUCUGCCCUGGAGAGAAGCCCAGACCUAGCCACACUCAGUGAGGAGAAAGGGCGCCUCCUUCUGGCUGCACUACAGGACUAUGUGCAGCUGAAGACCAGUGAGCUGCAGCAGGAGCAGGAGACAAAGGGCUCCAGCCCCAGAUCUAAGCGGUGCAGUAAGCUGAGUACUUGCAUGCUGAGCACAUACUCGCAGAACUUCAGCAAGUUUCACACAUUCCCCAAAACUGCAGUUGGGCCUGGAGCACCUGGCAAGAAAAGGGAUGUGUACAACAGCUUGGAGAGAGACCAUCACCCUCACGUUGGCAUGCCCCAGGAUCCCAACUAAACUCCUCCCUCUCCUUUCUAAUUUUCCUUCUCGCUUUCUUCCUAUAACUUGAUGCAUGUGGUUUGGUUCCUCUCUGGUGGCUCUUUUGGCUGGUAUUAGUGGCUUUCCUUGAGGUAGAGGAUGUCUCAAACUUCAGAUGGGAGGAAAGAAAGCAGGACUCACAGGCUGGAAGAGAAUCACCCAGGAAAACAUCAGAAAAUGAGGGCUGCUUUGAGUCCCCCAGAGAUUUCAUGAGAGCUCCUCUGUCCUGCUUCUGAAUGUGUUGAUCAUUUGAGGAAUAAAAUGAUUUUUCCAAAAAGA